AGCUGCUUGCAGGUGUGAGCGUAAAGAGUGAAGAGCGACUUUUUAGUCAGUCUCACGUGUCAAAGCGAUAUGGACACUUGCAUGUACGAGGCCAAGAUUCUUCUAAAAGAAGUUGAACAUUUUUUGGGUGCAAUCAGCAUCGAAGUGAAUGGCUCGCAUGAAAGAGAGCGUAGCAAUCUAUUGGCGAGAGUCGUAGAGUUCAAAGAGAAACACAACAACUGCCAGCUAAAAAAAGGUUGUCAUGUGGUGACAGAACCUCCUGACAUACCACCAUCACUUCCCGAGCGUUGUCAUGGAAGCAGAUCUGGCAAAGGGAUAUGCGCUCCACCCCGCAAACGUAGGGAUCAAAUGGCGAAGUGCAAUUCAAGUCCAUUGCUCUCUGAUGCAAACACUCCUCCAGCACUUCCUGAGCGUCGACUUCACAUGGCCAAGAUUGCCCCACAAGCAAUUCCUGUUGCAUUCGACCAAUCUGAAGACAUAUAUGAAGUUGUAGAUGUUGCAACAGCUUUGAAACGACACACAUCACCUCUGUCUAAGUGUACAGAAUCCAACAGUGAUGCAACUUCUAUCACAACCAUAGCUUGUGCAGAUGUCCCUGAGCAUACCUAUUCGAGACAAGAUGAAGAUUUAUAUGAAGCCCCAAUUACAAUGAUCAAGAAACAAGUUAUAGAAACGGAUUAUCCAAAAGACCAAAAGAGUAAGGGUAGGGAAAAUUCUGCUCCCCACACAGAAGCAGCAGCAGCAGCUGAAGAAAUGGAUGUUAUAUACAAUGAUGUGUACGUUGACACAGAGAUCACAUUACAACAAGAGUCUAAUCAACAUCAAACAUGCAACUCAUUGUCAGGAGGACCACUCUGUGAUGAUGCAACUUAUAUAGACAUGGGGCAAUCACAAAAGCCAAAGCCAAAAUCAACUGAUGAAGUAUAUGUUGUUAUGGAGGCUACAAAUGGUCACUUAGACGAUAUUCAAAUGGAGUCUACACAGAACAACCAUGAUUCCUUUGCGACAGAAGAUGAACACUCUGAUGCACGUAAGUUAAGAAGGAAGACACUGUCUGAUGUUGGCAAGAAACUGAAAAAGAGAUGGACCAGACAGCACGCACCAGUAUCAUCAGUGCAAUUGGACAGUAUUACUGAUCCGGACAUUCUUGGUAAACUAAUGAGAAAAAAAGACAAGAAAAUUGGCACAAAAUGGAUGGAACAGACUGUCAUUGUCAAGAGCAAUAUGAUAUUUAUCAGUGGGAAGGAUUCACCGGGAGACAUUUCAGAAUAUUUCACAUUAUCAGAUGCAGUUAUUGAGCCAGAAAAAGGAAGCAAGCAGAAACAUGUGUUCCAUAUCAAACGACACAAUGGAAAGACUAUUCUGUUUGCAGCACAGACGGAAGAUGAAAUGCAAGAAUGGAUUGCCAAGCUAAGUAAAGCAGCAUCAUGUUCACUACAAGCAACAGAAACCUCUCCAUCACUUGACGAAAGUUUGACAGCUAAAGUAGAUGAACUUAUCGUAACAGACAUGGAUAAUAGUACAGACGAACAGAACUUAACAAGUCCUAAACCUUUGCUGAAAUCAGAGAGACGAUCUGAGAGUGAAGUUGAAGACAUUCCAGAGAAAGAAAAUUUGACUGAGAAAGUGAAUGAGGAACUGUCUUUAACUAACUUAAGAACAAGUGAGCAAUGCCAAUCUGACCCAAGAGGCAAGAAUUUUGAAAUGCACUAUGUACAUCCUGUGCAAGAGCCACAACACAAAUUGAGUGAUAAGGACUGUGAUGCACUACAUAUUGCACAAACACAGAGUAGUGGAGAUACAGUAAAUGAGAACAACGAUGAGCUUGUUUAUCGUGCUGUGAAAUCCUAUCAAGCAACUGAUGACGAUGAAUUAAGCUUUGAAAUUGGUGAUUUGAUUCUAAUUGAAACUGUGAAUGAUGACAAGUGGUGGUUUGGGACACUUCAACAUAAAACAACCCAACAAUUCACAGGAGACACUGGAUUUAUACCAAACGAUUACAUUGUUUCUUUAUCAUCACAAAAGGUAGAGCGAUUUCUUGCUGCUAUUGCCAACAAAUUGCCUCCUUCAUUAGACAAGGAACGCAGCAGCUUGUUGUACAAAAUCCUAGAAAUAAAAAGGAAACAUCAGAAUGAUCAUCCUGCACAGCCUCGUUUUCCUCCUGAACUUCACAACGCUGCUCCACCGCUUCCUGAUCGUCGAGGCAGUAGUGCUAGUCAGUCGAGCAGGUCCUCAUCUGGUCCGGCUGUUCCUCCUCGACCUUCGAGUAGCAUGUCUGAAACUGAGGUGUUUCAAGAAACAUAUGAUGUUGUUGAUGCUGAUGUAGGAUUUGACAAGAAAGCAAUAGCACCUAGAGAGAAGUCAAGGUCUAGUAGUGACCAGCCGUCAUAUUUGACCACUAGACAUGAGGGGAAGAUGGCAUCCGUAGAUGCAGACGAAUUGUAUGAACCACCCGGACUUCCCUCUGCUCCCAACAAACACGACGAGCUCUAUUUAGAGGCAGACACACAUCUUGAUUAUGACAAGAAUUAUCAUGUGAUGGAACAAGCAAACUGGCAAACGAAAAGUAUGGAGAGUGGUGGUCAACUAAUCACUGAUGAUGUCUACACAGAUAUGGAUGAAUCACCUUGCACUCCUAUGCCACCAACUACUAAAGCUCUCACAAUGAAACCAAAAUCAGUGGAUAAAGGCUCGGUGAAGAGGAAAGCGAACACACUCACAAGGGGGCAAGUAAUGUUGGACAGUAUCACCAAUCCAGAUUAUACAGGCAAACUAAAGAGAAAGACAACCAACAUUGUAGUCAAAUGGCUGGAACAAACUGUUGUUGUGAAAGACAACAUGAUAUUCAUUGGUGACAAGGAUAUAUGUGGGGGAGUUAAAGAAUUUUUCUCUCUAUCGGGUGCUGUGAUCGAGUCCACGAAAAUAGGCAAACAGCAGCAUACUUUCCAAAUCAAACCAACUCUUGGAAAGUAUGUGUGCUUUUCUGCUGAAAAUGCUGUCGAGAUGCAAGAGUGGAUUCGGGUGUUGAACAGGGCUGCAUCAAAAUCAGCUGCAAUGACAAACAGCUCAAAGGAGCUCGAUGAGGAUCGAGUGAAUGAGACAGAGCCAACAGACACACUCAUCACAGAAGAUCUCUAUGAAAUGCCAGAAACAGAUAUUGGCCAGCAGGUGCAGCCUCCUGGGAAAGAACCUGACAAGGAUGAAAUAUUCGUAGGAAAAUUCUAUCCUCAAGACAAGCGUGCAGAGUUCCAGCACAUUUACAAGGCACAGUAUGACUGCAUGGGCGAGGGUGAUGAUGAGGUGACUCUCAGAAGAGGUCACCUCAUAUUAAUUGACUUCAAAGAUCACAAUGACUGGUGGGUUGGCACGACUCAAACGCCGGAUGGGAAAUUUAAUGGAAAGAGAGGCUUUGUACCUCGAGCAUAUCUUACUCCAGCAUUUGAAAAUGCUCAGACGUUUUGCGUGACGCUCGGCAAAGUAGAAAACCUUCCUGCUGAAAUUAACAGCGAACGACAGGUGCUUGCGUCCCGUUUUCGACGAGCCGAGGUGAAGAUAUGUCACUCGAUGACGCACGAGAAACGAAUACGAAACGCAUCGACGAAGAACGAGAAACAAGAAGGCAAGGAAUCACCGACAUGGAACAAAAAUACUGUGACUUCAUGUGCGAGAGUUUUAGAGAAUGCAGAACAAGAACAAGAAAGAGAUAGACCAAGUUCACCACAUGAAUACAUAGAAAUGAGUCCGCCGCCACCGCCUACUACGAGUAGUAAUGAUGUGGUGGGAAUUGAACGUCGAGGAAAUGGUCACAGUCAGACAUCCUCGAGUGAAGUGGAGCAAACUGACAGUCAUAAUAAUAGUAAACGUGUAAGUAGAGAUCGACUCGAAUUACUGGAAGAGGAUGAGGAGGAGAACUUUGAAAAUCGAGAUUCUGUUGUUAUACGUAGGAAAGGCAGUCAAGCGGCAGCAGAUGACAAGAAUGGUGAAUCAAGCAGCCCCAAAAGCGAUAGAAAACUACAGAAAAGGAUGUCACUGUCCCUUCUUCGAAAUUGGAAAAGCACUAAAAAAGAUAAAGUGUCUGGAAGUCGAAAAGGAGAAAGUGCAACAAGAUACAGAGAACAAUUGGGUUCCAGAGUAGAAAAACGGAAGGUUUCGAUGGAGAAUAUGAAGAAUCCAGAAAUGUCUGGGUACCUUCGAAAGAGGGAUAAGAAAAUUGGAAGGUGGCAAAGGAGGUGGUGUGUGAUAAAAGGUGACCAGUUCUUGUAUGCAGACAAAGAGACCGACAGAUACACGUCACAUGCAUUUUCACUAGAAGGCUACAAAAUUGAAUCUGGAAACACAUCAGCAUACAAGGUGCAGCAUGUGAUUCAACUUGUUCACACUGAAAAUCCUUCAUUUCAAUUUGCAGCUACGAGCAGUGAGGAUAAGGAGAGAUGGAUUGUAGAACUACAAAGAGCAGCAGGUCUAAUCGAUGCAUAUGAAGUUCCAAGGGAAUUUGAUCCAGAAACAUUGGCACAACUGCAGCGUGAGCAAGAAGAAGCAGAUGCAAACAGACAAUGUCAAACUCCUCCUAAACUUCCUAGUGAACAGGACAGACACUCUCACUCACAAUCACCACUACAAUUUUAUGAGGCAGUUUUUGAUUUUGAUGGUGGGGAAGAAGAUGAACUGUCAUUCAAGAAGGGAGAUGUGUUACUCAUUGAAGAAGAAGGCAGCAACGAACAUUGGCUGGUUGGCAGUCUACAAACCAACAAUGAUGAAGUCUCUGCAGAUAGGAAGAGGUUUGUGCCAAAAUCAUAUCUACAACCGAUAUCAACUGACCAAGAUGCUAAUACCAAGCUUUAGCAGGAAUCAAGUAGUGGAAAUAACCUUUGAUUUAUCAUACUGCACAUGGUAAAUCUGGUACACCCUUGCUGCUGGCAUGUAAUUAUUAUGACUGCGCAAAGGAAUAUACACACUUGACUAGAUCAUGAUCAUGACCUAGGAUGUGUAGAAGUCAUUUCUUAAUGUACUUAGCUGUAAUCAUUACGUUGUUUUGAAGCAUCUGUAA